AUGGGUUAUUUAAUAUAUAUAUUAUUUAUUUCACUAAAUUACUUGGAUUAUACAUUUGCAGCUGAAAAUUUACCACAAAUUCCAACUUCACUACAAAUUCCAACUUCACUACAAAUUCCAACUUCACUACAAAUUUCAAGUCCACCGCAAACUCCAAGUUCACAAAGUCCAGGUUCACUGGAAAGUCCAGGUUCACUGGAAACUCCAAGUUCACAAAUUUCAGAUUUUUUUGAAGUAACUGUCACAGAUGUUCAAGAUUUUCCAAAACCUUUGAUUGGCCAUUUCUUAAUAGGUGUCAAUGAAAUAGACUUGUUUACAAAGAAUCCAAGAUUUCUUAAAACAGAGCUAUGGUUUCAUCAUAGAAAUUUAGAGAGAAAAUAUAUUGGACUUUGGUAUUUAAUAUUUGAUUUUUUUUAUCACAAUAAAAAAUCUCAAGAUAAAUUUGAACUUGCAUUUGUUAAAGCUUCUACACAAAUGAGUGCUAUGAGAAACAAAGCAUAUCCAUAUAAUCCACCUAUAGUUAAGAAGGCCAUUCAUUGUCAACAUGUAUUUAAAGUGCUAAAAAUUCAAAAAUGCGACAAUACUCUUAAUUUUAUGAUCUACUUGAUAUCAUUAACAUAUGGACUAAGUAGUUAUAUUCAGAAAGCUAUUGUUUUACUAUUUGUUAUAUUUUGUACUAAUUCCGUAUUUUUUGGUCUAGAUAUGAAAAAGAGAGUUGACGAGUUUCUUGGUAAUAAAAAUCUUAGGGACUUUCUAACUGCUGAAUCACAUGAAUCAUUAACUCGGUAUAUUACUCAAUGUAAUAAUGGAUCUCCAAGAUUAUUUACAGAAAGAGGCUCAACUUUAGUAUCACAUAACUUAUCAAUACCAUUCAUAUUUCCUAUCAGAUCACCACAAACAUUUGGAAAUUUAAGUUGUCUAGCAAUGAUCGAAUUAUAUAGAUCAGGAGUUUCCGAUUCUUUUGAAUUUCCGUCAUUUUUACUUUUUUUCUUACCUAGAAUGCAAUCUGCAAGUUUAUCUCUUCUAAUUCUAUACUUACUAAUGGAAGUUUCUUCACUUGAAGGAUCUUAUCAUACUGGCAUACGUUAUUUUUUUACAAAUUCUGGUCUUAGGGAAAGAUCAUUAGAAAAUAUCUCAAAAAAAUUUAGUGUAAAUUUGAAUGGUUUUUUAUAUGGAUUUCUAGGAUGCAUAGUAAAUUAUGAAAGAAGUGAAAUGUUACCAGGUGCAGAAGAACUUAAUUUACCAGAGGCCAGGAAGUAUGUCGAAUCGAUUAGAAAUAAAAAGUGA